AUGCCCACGCUCGAACAGGCCGCCCUCUCUGGAACAUUGACUUCGAGCAGACUCCCCCUCGAGCGAGACCCAGACGGACGGGAACCCGAUCGAGAGCCCGAAGAGGCCUGCAUGCUCGAAGACCUCCUGGCGAGCCACGACGAGGACGAGUAUGGCGACUUCGAUGUCCAUCCGCGCAGCCGAGUCGCCGAUCCCGACCGGCACGGCUUCCUGCACCCCGGCCAGCAGCCCAGCAGCCAGUCGACCAGUCCUGCCGGAUCCCAGUCCAUGUCCAGGGGCUGGAGUGGCAACACCGGGCCCAAGGGCGUCCUCCUCGACUUCAAGGCCAGUCACGGUAAGAGCGGGGCCAUCCUCGGCGGCGGGGAAAGCCUCCGGGCCAACUACCCCCGCCAGAUAUCCAUGUCCUCCGCACUCGCUUCCAAGCGCUCGGCCUCCAACAGCAACAACACCCACCGAGCCUCCAGCCCAGCCAUGAGCGACUCGGACUCCUCGGACUCCAGCGAUCGCGACCACCACAUCCGUACCAACACCGCCCUCUGCAACUCUACCAAGACCACCACAAGACUCAUCUUCUCCGACAACCGUCAUCCCCAUCAACACCACCCCCGCCGAUUCGCUUCCUCCUCCUCAUCCACCUCCGCCCUCGUCAACAACCCGCGACUCGACGCCAGGGGCAAGAAGCUGUUUGGCCAUCUCCGUGAGGUCGGCGUCGAGAACUUCAUCCAGGCCGUCGAGGCCGAGAAGGACGACAAAGAAACCGUCGUCCUGGUCCACCUCUACGACCCCGCACUAGAGUCAUGUUUGAUCCUGAACAACCAUCUCUCGAACCUAGCCCGGGUGCAUCCGCGGACGAAGUUCCUUCGAGCGCUCGCCUCCGAGCUCGACUUCUUCAACGAGACGCCGACGUCGACGAGCGGGAUCGGGAUCCCGACGCUCGGGACGAGUCCGGUGCGGGGGCUCCACAGCCUGAACCUGAUGGACGACGACCCCUUCGACGACGAGCCCUCCCACCACCACCAUCAUGAUCAUCUCGACGACGACGACCACGUCCCCCAUUCGCCGCUCGAAGCUCGGACCUGUAAGGCCACCGAUAGCGACAUCCUCCCCACUCUCAUCUGGUAUCGCUCCGGCGAAUAUGUCCAGUCUUUACCUGCACUCGAACGCGAACUUCCCCUCGGCGGGAUCGUCAGAGGCGAACAAGGCUGCAGAGACUUGCAACGUUUGCUACGAAAGAACGGGAUCAUCAACGAUCCUGAAUCAGUGCCUUUGUAA